AUGUUGAUACAGGUCCUCCUCGCUCCGCUGCUCGCGCCCGUCCUCGCGCUUACUCUCUACAACGGCAAGGACACGCACACUGACGUGCCCACCGUCUCCGUCGUCGUCGAUGCCCCGCCACCCGUUUAUACCGGCCUUAGAGCGUAUGACCCGACGAGACUCGUGCCGCCCCCGCCGCCGCAACCGCCCACGACACAGGUCACCAUUGGCAUCCCGAACUCGCCCAACACCCAAGGGUAUCCCCUCUCGAUCAAGCAGCGCGGCAACUUCCUCGGCUUUUCCAUCGAGCUUAGUAUAGCCACCAGCGUCAUGGGGUUGUCGCCGCAGCGCAUCAAACCUUCCUUCCUCAACUACAUGGCCAACAUCCGCAACCGCGCUGGCGUCGGUCCCAUCAUCCGUGUCGGUGGCAACACACAAGAUAGAAGCUCUCUGUUCGUCAACGGGCUGCCCGAAGGAGGAAGUCUGCAGAAAGUCAAGGAUAACUCGCCCAACAUGCCUACCAAGACACCCAUCGUCUCAUACUCUCUCGACCUCCUGUACACUCUCGCCAACAUUUCCUCGCUGGUCGACGCCAAGUGGUACUUCGGCCUUGCUUUCAACCAGAGCAACGCCGCCUCGAUCUCAGACAACAUGCCUAUCGCCGCGGGGUACGCCCAGAAAAUCUUGGGCUCCCACCUCCGAGGCCUUGCCCUCGGCAAUGAGCCUGAUUUGUACCUUAGACACGGCAAACGCCCGCAGCCCUGGGGGAUGGUCGACUACAUCAACGAGUUUAAUACCGCGCGCACCAAGAUCAUGGGCAACCCGGACGUCACGAACCACCAGACCCUCCUCGGCCCCAGUGUCUGCUGCAGGGUGGAUGGCUUUGACCUCCCGGACGUCCUGGGCACCACUUGGCUCAACGAGAACAUCGACUAUCUCGCCGCUGUGACGGUACAGCGCUAUCCCGCCAACAACUGUCAGAUAAACGGUAGAGUCAUAGACCCCCAGGCUAUCUUCCCCAACUUCCUCAAUCAUACAGGCGUGCAGGCUCUUACGGCUGAGUACCUGGCCGGCUCAGCGAUUGCACAGGCUAGAGGCAAGGAGAUGCUCAUGCUCGAGUUUAACACGGCAUCCUGUGGUGGUUUCCCCGGUCUAAGCGACUCCUUUGGCGCUGCCAUGUGGAUCGCCGACUGGGCGUUCCAGCUUGCGUGGGGCAACUUUUCCACAGCACUGUUACACGUUGGUGGCCAGAACGUGUACUACAACCCUUUCACUCCCCCGCCAUUCGACGGCGUUGGCAAGCAAUGGACUACGGGUACGACCUACUACUCGACCCUCAUUGUCGCCGAGGCCUUUGGGCGCACUGGCACUGCGCAGGUCGUCGACCUUCUUCCGGACGGAGGCGACAUGUUCCAUCCCGCGUACGUGGUCUACGAAAACAGCGCCCCUGCCCGCGUCGUGCUCUUCAAUUACGUCUCAGAUCCCAGUGGCGCGUCAACUUACAACGCUGUUAUCUCUCUCUCAGACCUUGUUCGUGUAGCGCCUCCCCCUCCGCCUACUCCACCAGUCACGGACGCGAGCCCGAGCACCCCAGACGAUGGCACCGCCGAACCCGCAGAUGACCCAGUUGUCCCGGUCGCUAACCCCGCACCUGGAGCCUCCGAUGCUACCACACCUGCGGCCUCCGAGCCGGCCCCGGCCCCAGCCCCGGCCUCAACCCCCGCAGCUAGCGACCCCGCAAGUACCCCGCCCGCUGCGGACCCAAACGCCCAAUCUCCCCCCGUCAAGCGCGCGACGCUUCCUUCGUCCGUCUUUGUGCGCUACUUCCGUGCCCCUACCGUGUCCGAACAGUACAACAUCACUUGGGCAGGUCAAACCUUGGGCUACUCGUUCGCAUCGGACGGACGGCUUUACGGCGCGACUGAGACGCAGGAGUUUGCCUGCCAUAACGGCGAGUGUGUGGUCCCCGUCCCUGCGCCAGCUAUCGCCAUCGUUUACCUCUCCCCCGACGCUCUGUACGAGUCGACGCCCGAGCCUCAGGCCACGCAGACGUAUGCGACUACAGCACAGCCCUUCGGUACGUUCUCGAUAGACUUCAUGGGCGCCAUGGCGACUGGCAAUGGCUGGUGGCCGGGUGACUCAAUCUACGGCGCUGCUAGCCGCACCCAGGUGCAGGUCAGUGUGGGGCUGCUCGCCGUGGCUCUUACGACGGCAUACAUGCUCGUGCGCCUCUAGUCGACCACUCUCACUCGGUUGUGUAUCGCGCGGCUGCGCAUGUUGUCAUUUCCACCUGUUAAUAGUCAACACCCCAUCUCUGUUCAUAUCUCGACUUGAUCUCCACCGCACCACCAAACGGACGCUGCCUAGCGCAUUCCUGUGGUAUCACUCCGACUCUCAUUAGGACAAUUGUAAAGCAUACGACCUAGAUGCACCUCCUCUG